AUCAUUUUCAUCCACCGCACUUCUCUUUACUCUUUUUAACGGUCGGAUUGUUUUAAAAAUCUCAUCUUGCGUUGUGUUCCUUAUUCUACGCUCUGCUUCUUUAAUUGAAGGAGGAAGUGUGGAUCGAUCGCCGGAAAGCUAAGAUCUUUGGAGGAGAUAAUUGAAGUGAUCGUUGGAGAGGAUGACGGAGGGAGGCAGCCGGCGGCUGGUGGUGGAAGUGUGCAGCGCGCGGAACUUGAUGCCUAAAGAUGGUCAGGGGACCGCGAGCGCGUACGUGAUGGUGGACUUCGACGGGCAGCGGCGGCGGACGAAGACGAGGACACGGGACCUCAAUCCCCAGUGGGAUGAGAAGCUGGAGUUCCUGGUGCAUGAUCCGGAGACGAUGGCCAGCGAGACGCUCGAGCUCAACGUCUACAACGACAAGAAGGGCGGAAGGCGGAACACGUUUUUGGGGAAGGUGAGGAUCUCCGGCCUCAGCUUCGCGAAGGCCGGGUCGGAGACUCUGGUUUACUAUCCGUUGGAGAAGCGGAGUGUUUUCUCGCAGGUGAAGGGCGAGAUCGGCGUCCGGGUGAGCUACGUCGACGAGGAUCCUCCUCUGGUGCCGGAGGCUAAGACGGAGGGUGGGCCGGCGGCAGAGGAGGAAAAAACUACCGAAGAAGAGAAGAAACCGGAGGAGGAGAAGAAGACAGAGGAGGCAAAUAAGCCCGAAGAGGCUAAACCAGAGGAGAAGGCCUCUGCUUCCAAAGACGAGAAGAAGAAACAACCAGAGAAACCCAAGGAGGCGACCAGUGAGGCCGCUAAAACCAAAGAGGAGACACCAAAUCCGCCGCCUUCACCGGGGCCGACGCCGCCGCCCACCCCGGCGGCGACCAAGGAGCAGCAUCCUUCCGGCCUCAGCGACCUCGAGAUUCGCCCUUUCGCCGGCGAGCGGGCCUCCUCCAGCUCGUACGACCUCGUGGCCCGCGUUCCCUACCUCUUCGUCCGUGUCCUCAAAGUGAAGCACGACGGCGCAGCCGAUAGGCCGGUCCACGCUCAGGUGGUCAUCGGCAGCCACAGCGUGCGGACGCGGACCGCUAAAUCGAAGGACUGGGACCAGGUCUUCGCCUUCCGUAAGGGGAGCCUCAACUCCAUGGCCUUGGAGGUGUCCGUCUACGAGGAGAAGGCUAAAGAGGGCGACGACAAAACCGCCGGCGGCGAGGACGUCAACCUCGGCUCCGUGUCCUUUGACCUUAUCGAGAUCCCGAAGCGAUCGCCACCGGAUUCUCCGUUAGCGCCGCAGUGGUACACCCUCGAGGGUGAGCAUGACGUCGACGUCAUGCUCGCCGUGUGGAUCGGCACCCAGGUGGACGAGGCGUUCCAAGAGGCGUGGCAGUCAGAUUCCGGCGGCCUCAACGUGCACACUCGCUCCAAGGCCUACCUUUCGCCUAAGCUCUGGUACCUCCGGCUGACGGUGAUCCAGACGCAAGAUCUGCACUUCCCUCCGCCGGUGGAUCCCAAGUCCCCUCGCCCCGGCGGCGCUGGCAGCACGGAACUCCUCGUCAAAGGGCAGCUCAGUGGGCAAAUCUUCCGCACCGGGCGGGCGCCUCUCGUCACCAGCUCCAGCUCCGCCAAUCCAACCUGGAAUGAGGACCUCGUCUUCGUCGCUGCCGAGCCCUUCGAGCCAUUCCUCACUGUCGUCCUCGAGGACUCGACUGCCGGCCAGGCGGUGGGCCAGGCCAAGGUCCCUCUUUCCUCCAUCCACCGCCGGCUGGACGACCGCGCUGAACCACCCGCCCGGUGGCUGAACCUCGCCGGCGACGAGGGUCGCCCCUACGCCGGCCGGCUGCAUGUAAAAAUCUGCCUCGAGGGUGGGUACCACGUGCUGGACGAGGCGGCUCACGUGGCUAGCGAUGUCCGCGCCGCCUCCAAGCAGCUCUCCAAACCCCCAAUCGGCCUGCUGGAAGUAGGCGUCCUCGGGGCCACGAACCUAGUCCCUAUGAAAACGUCCGGCGGCGCCGGUGGAUCCACAGACGCCUACGUGGUGCUCAAAUACGGGCCCAAAUGGGCGCGGACGAGGACCAUUAUCGACCAGUUCAAUCCGCAGUGGAACGAGCAGUACGCAUGGGACGUGUUCGAUCCCUGCACCGUCCUCACCAUCGGCGUCUUCGAUAACGGCCGCUUCAAAACAGGGGAGAACACGCCAGCACCGGCGAAAGACGCCCGCAUCGGCAAGGUCCGCAUCCGGCUAUCGACGCUCGACACAGACAGGGUUUACAUCAAUUCCUAUGCCUUAACGGCGGUUCAGCCGGCCGGGGCGAAGAAGAUGGGCGAGAUCGAGCUGGCUAUCCGGUUCAGCUGCCCCUCGUGGCUCAGCCUCCUGGCGACAUACGGCAGCCCGAUGUUGCCGCGGAUGCACUACGUCCGGCCGUUGGGACCGGCGCAGCAGGACGCACUCCGGCACACCGCGAUGCGCCACGUGGCCGCGCGCCUCGCCCGGUCGGAGCCGCCGCUGGGCCCCGAGGUGGUGCACCACAUGCUCGACACCGACGCGCACGCGUGGAGCGUCCGGCGAAGCCGCGCAAACUGGGUCCGCGUGGUGGGCUGUCUGACCAGCGUCGCGGCGGCGGCGCGGUGGGUGCGUGGGGUCCGCACGUGGACCCACUCGCCCACGACAGUCCUCGUCCAUAUCCUCCUCGUCGCCGCCGUGCUCUGCCCGCAGGUCAUCUUGCCCACCGCCGCGCUCUACUUGUUCCUCGUGCUGACGUGGCGGUACCGGGCGCGGCCGCGGGGUCCGGCUGGAAUGGACCCGCGGCUCUCGCAGGUGGAUGCGGUGGGGUCGGACGAGCUCGACGAGGAGUUCGACGGGUUCCCGUCGUCGCGGCCGGCGGACGUGGUGAGGCUCAGGUACGACCGGCUGCGUGCUCUGGCGGGGCGGGCGCAGACCCUCCUAGGUGACGUAGCGGCGCAAGGGGAACGGCUGGAGGCGCUACUCGGCUGGCGCGACCCCCGCGCAACCGGAAUCUUCGCCGGAUUCUGCCUACUGUCGUCCAUGGUGCUCUACUCCGUACCCUUCAAGGCCCUAUUUCUGAUGGCCGGAUUCUACUACCUCCGACACCCGCGGUUCCGGGACGACAUGCCGUCGGCCGGCUUCAACUUCUUCCGACGGUUGCCGCCGAUGUCGGAUCGUAUCUUAUAAAAGAUCUGCUACUGUUAUCUUUCAAUAUUACUAGCUCUUUGCUUAAACUAAAUAAACACAUUGGUUUGUCGAUUUGGCAGUGUGAUUAAAUCAAAAUAAAUGUAGAACAAUUGGUGUUCUCCUUCAGUUGUUGUAAGUUAAUUGUUUGAAUUAUUUGUAAACAAAUCUUAGAAUAUAAUAUUUAUUAAUAAAAAAAUAAA